UCAUUCCUGAAACUUGGAGUCAUGGUCCUACCUGACCUUAAGAGCAGCGACCUACACUGGCUCGCGCGUAGGGUGUUUCUGGAAACGUCCGGAUAUCGUCUUCGGCCUAAAUUCCAACCUGAUUAUGUGCCUGAUCCCGAUGCCUCGUGGUAUGAAGAAAGAGCGACACACACACGCGGUGCCAUCAUGGAUGCCACUCGUAUCUCCGACGAGCGUCCAGUAAUACUCAAAUCUGUUUCCACUCGCAUGCACCCACACGAAGUCAAAAUAGCACGUCUUUUCUCUUCGCCACCCCUCGCAGAGAACCCACGAAAUCAUUGUGUCCCUAUAUUUGAUGUUCUGCAAGAUCCAGAGGACGCAGACAAGCAAAUCAUUGUAAUGCCACGCCUUAUUGAAAUGGACAGACCAUUGUUCGAAACCGUAGGAGAGGUUGUCGAUUGUUUUAGACAGAUUUUCGAGGGCGUUGAAUUCAUGCAUGACAACUUCGUGGCUCAUCGAGACUGUUGGGGACCAAAUAUUGCCCAGGAUCCUACACUGCUCUUUCCUUGGGGCUUCCAUCCAGUCUACACUACUCAAGACCCUGCAAACCUCCGUCCUGCAUCUCAUAUCGCUCGGACUUUCUGCUGGCCUCGUUAUUUUAUCAUCGAUUUUGGUUUGUCACGGCGCUAUGAUCCUUUUGGAGGGCCGCCACUAGAGCCGGUCAUUCGUGGCGGCGACAGGUCCCCUCCGGAGCACCACAAACAUCCCUUGGUCUGCAAUCCGUUUCCGACCGAUAUUUACUUCCUCGGCAAUUUUUUAAAACAGGACUUUCUACUUUCUAGAUGGGCCGGGAAGAAGCGGAUGCCUGUACCUUCGCUGCGUUUCCUCGAAGGUUUGAUAAACGAUAUGACCCAAGAAGACCCAUCGCUGCGGCCAACGAUCGGCGAAGUCAUUGAGAGAUUCGAUGUACUGUGUAGCUCUUUGACUCAAUGGCAUCUGCGGCGACCAGGUCAAAAGUACGCAUUCCAUCUUGGCCUAUUCUUCUCUCAAGUUAACCGGACACUACGCUGCAUCCCUCCGAUACCGCGGUAUCAACCGCGAAUGGAUCGGGUCCCUCUGAGCCAGUUGAUGCGAGAGUUUUUUACUCAGACCCCAUCGGUUAUGAAGUGA